ACUCAGCCUGACGGCCAAUCAGAAGUUUGCGAUUCCGGGAUUUCUGUGAUCUGUUUAGCCUGACCGUAUACAGUACCGCUCAACAUUUCUUGUGGAAAUCUUGAAACAGGAUAGCAAGCAAACUUUAGAGAGGGGUUAUAGUUGGCAGUUUUGACGGGUUGGGCCCCACCCACCCACAACACCCCAUCAUGCCUCUGGUUACGAGGAAUAUAGAGCCUCGGCACGUGUGCCGCCAGACCAUCCCUUCCAAUAUCCGCAGUGAACUGGAAUGUGUCACCAAUAUCAGCCUGGCCAACAUCAUUCGCCAGCUCGGCAGCCUCAGUAAAUAUGCAGAGGAUGUGUUUGGUGAGCUGUUUGUCCAGGCUGGGGACUUUGCGGUCAGAGUGAAUACACUGGGAGAAAGAGUGGAUCGUCUGCAGGUUAAAGUCACUCAGCUGGACCCCAAAGAAGAGGAGGUCUCUCUUCAGGCCAUCACUACCCGUAAAGCCUUCCGUAGCAGUCUGACUCAGGACCAGCAGCUGUUCACCAGGCCGUCUCUGCCAGUGCCUAUACAGGACACCUACGUGACUUGUAGUCCGCCCCCACCCCUAAACCAUCUCAGCCAAUACCGGGACGAUGGAAAGGAGGCCUUGAAGUUUUACACUGAUCCCUCCUACUUCUUUGACCUGUGGAAGGAGAAGAUGCUGCAGGACACCAAGGACAUCAUGAAGGAGAAACGCAAGCACAGAAAGGAGAAGAAAGACCACCUGAAUCAACGGACGCUCAAUCCUAGAAAAAUCAAGACCAGGAAGGAGGAAUGGGAACGCCGUAAGAUGGGGGAGGAGUUUGUGGUGCCAAAGAAUGAUUUGCUGAAUUCCUCUGAGGGUCUGAAUGGCAGCAUUGGAUCUGGAGAUGGCUUCAAUUCUGAAGGCCUCGAGCAAAGUACCGGCUCCUACGCUUAUGAACCCGGCUCCCCUCUCUCUCUGCCUGGCCCCGAUGACUUCCUGCCUCCUCCACCCCCAUACACGGCGUAUAAUGAUGGACAGUAUGCAGCACCUACCCAGAAGCGUGUCAGCAUGCUGAGUCCAAACCACCCACCUCCUGCUCCCCCCAUGGCCUCUUCCCCACCCAACUCUCGCCCCAACCUUGCUCCUCCCCCCGCACCUCCUCCCCCUCCUCCUUCUGGCUUUGGGGCUCCCCCACCUCCACCUGACUUCGAUUCCCAACCUUCCCCUUCUCUGCCCAUCCCCUCUCCUGCUUCCUAUCCCUCCCCACCUGCUCCUCCUCCUCCACCUUCUAUGUCUGCUCUUUCUCCUCCCCCUCCUCCACCGCCUAUGCCUGCGGGUGGUGCUCCACCACCUCCUCCUCCUCCUCCACCUCCCCCUGGCCCUCCUCCCCCCCAUCACAACUCUGCUCCUCCUCCUCCUCCAUCUAGUGGUGGUGGGGGGGCACCCAGUUCUGCUCCUAAACCUCAGCCGGAGCCUGCUGGUGAUGCUCGCAGUGACCUGCUGCAGGCCAUCCGACAAGGUUUCAACCUGCGUAAGGUGGAGGCACAGCGUGAGCAGGAGAAGAGGGAUCACUUUGGCAACGAUGUGGCCGCCAUCCUGUCACGUCGUAUCGCUGUAGAGUGCAGCGACAGCGAGGACGACUCUUCAGAGUUUGACGACGACGAGUGGUCCGACUGAUCGCAAUCCCUUUUCACCUUCACUGCCACCUCUGUGUCUUUCCACAGCCAUUCAUUCCAUUCAGAUUACGUUUUUAAGUACCAGUGAAGCAGCGGCCCGUGUUCUGUGUGUCUUGAUUUUGUGUGUAUGCACACGCAAUAUGUACAAGUCACUUAUUACAAAUCACAUUCCUUGACCCAUUUAUUUCUGAUCACCCAAACUUAUUCAGAUCAGUGUGCAAUCCAAAGAUUGAGUAGGCGUGAGUGUGCGUGGCUGUGUCCUGAUUUGCCAUUGCUGUCACUGGCUGUCAGCACCGUUACUGAUGUGUGAGUGCUGUGUGACGCAAGGCACGUCUCUCUGCCGUGUUUGUGCGUAAACACAGCACCUCUGUCUUUAUCUGCGUCUAUUAGAAUCAGAUGCCCUUUGCUGCAGGCCAAAUGUCUGAUCUUAUCUGCUUUAAUAUAUUAUGGCUAAGGGUAAUGGAGAGAGAGUGAGUACGCACACAUACACACACAAGCACUAGUACACAGCCUCUUCCAUACACAGUAUUUGUAUGUGCCUGAUGGAAAGAAACAAGGUAUUGACGUCAAAACAUUCUUGUUCAUUAGAUUAUAUGAUAUAAAUGUAAAGUUUAUGCUACAUAUUGAAUCAUAUCUGCUAAAGAUAAUUAAUACAAUCCCUUUAUAUCUCGUUUAAGCACAAUUUUAUCUCUUGCUUUCCUCACUUUUGUGGUUAUCAUGGGAACAACUCACUUGGGGAUGAGAUGUCGUUCUAGCUUAUAAACAAAUUUGUGAAUGAUUUAUUCAGUGUGACGGAGGAAGUAUUGGCUCAUAGCAGACACCUGGGGUGUUUGAUGAGUUCACCGUACUGAACAUAUGCAGACAUUUAACAAAAUUAUGAUUCAUUUUGGACUGUUUCAGCUCUGUUACGAAUUUCUUCCUGCAGUUUUUAUCUUGACGUUUUCUGGAGAUGAAGGCUCUGAGGCUUUAACAACUGAUAGGAUCAGACUGCCUUGUCCAUACAGGGUCAUUUUGGUUAUCCACACUGAUCCCUGAUCAGUUUCUUCCAUAAAUAUUAACAGUCGUCAUUGAUGAGUCAAACAUAGAACCCUCUGAUGUUUUAGUGUGGAUCACAUAAUGUUCAAGUGCCUUUUAUGGGUUGUUUUUUUGUGUUAUAGCACAAUCACACAGCAUACUUAGCCAACACUCUGCUUGCCCUGCCUUGAUUUCCCAAAUGAUUAUAGUUAUUUCAAUAAAGAUAGAGUGGAUUACA